AGACUGGAAUCGGGAGCCAAUCAGAGGCGGUUCGAGCCUUACCUAUUAAUAUUAACAAGCAGGAUGUGAGUAGGUCGCGCGUUGAGGUUGACGGUGCGCAGGCGCGAAGAUCUGCCUCCAACAACAAGAAGCAGGAGCCAGGCAACAUGGCCGACCUGGGGAAGAAGUACUGCGUGAACUGCCUUGCAGAUGUUACAAACCUGCGGCUUCGCUGCACUGACUGCCCCGAUAUCGAGCUGUGCCCAGAGUGCUUCUCCGCGGGCGCAGAAAUCGGUAAUCACCGGAGAUGGCACGGCUACCAGCAGGUCGACGGCGGUCGGUUCUCUCUCUGGGGUCCCGAGGCAGAGGGAGGAUGGACCAGCAGGGAAGAGCAGUCGCUACUCGAUGCUAUCGAGCAAUAUGGAUUUGGAAACUGGGAGGACAUGGCCGCUCAUGUCGGAGCAUCCCGAACUCCUCAGGAGGUCAUGGAACACUAUGUCACCAUGUACAUCCAUGGAAACCUGGGUAAGGCCUGCAUACCUGACAGCAUUCCCAACCGGGUGACCGACCACACCUGCCCAUCUGGGGGUCCCUUGUCCCCAAGCCUCACCACCCCGCUCCCUCCGCUGGAUAUCAGUCUGAUUGAGCAACAGCAGCUGGGCUAUAUGCCCCUACGUGAUGACUAUGAGAUUGAAUAUGACCAGGAUGCAGAGAAGCUCAUCAGUGGGCUGUCCGUGAACUACGAUGACGAGGAUGUGGAAAUUGAAAUGAAACGGGCCCAUGUGGACAUGUAUGUGCGUAAACUCCGAGAGCGCCAGCGGCGUAAGAACAUCGCUAGAGACUACAACUUGGUGCCUGCGUUCCUGGGCCGAGAUAAGAAAGACAAGGAGAAGGAGAAACCAGGAGUGCUGGGAGUCACAGGCGCUGCUGGAGGUGUGGGUGGGGCAGGAGCUGGCGGUGGCACAGUUGGAUCAGGUUCCACAACAACGGCAGGAUCAGGUCCUGUUCCAAGUACACCCAAAAGAAAGAUUACCAAGGAAGAGAAGGAGCAGCGGGUCAGGUUGAGGGGGCUUUGCCAGUUCAUGGCCCAUCGGGAGUUCGAAGAUUUCUUUGACAAUAUGCAUAAAGAGCGUCUGCUGAGGGCCAAGGUACGUGAGCUACAACGCUACCGCCGCAAUGGCAUCACCCGCCUGGAAGAGUCUGCUGAAUAUGAAGCAGCGCGCCACAAACGAGAGAAACGCAAGGAGAACAAAAGUGUGGUCACCUCUAAACGGGGCAGUGGAGGAGGUGGCGGGCUUGGCUCUGGCAUGGGACUCGGGGGCGGAGCUGGGGGAGGAGGCAUUGCUGGAGGGAUGGGGGUUGGAGGCGGGAUCAAAGAAGAAGGCAAAGAUGGUGAGUUUGCUGCCAUUGAAAACCUGACUGGUUUUGAACUGCUCUCAGACAGGGAGAAGGUGCUUUGUAACUCUCUAAACCUUAGCCCAGCACGCUACCUGACUGUCAAAACCAUCAUCAUCAGAGACCACCUGCAGAAAAGACAAGGCAUCCCAGCCAAGAGCCGACUGCCCAGCUACCUGGACAAGGUCCUCAAGAAACGCAUUCUCACCUUCCUCACUGAAAGUGGCUGGAUAUCCCGAGACGCCUCAUAGCGAUCAGUCUUUGGUCAGAAAGUAAUAAGUUGAUGAUCACUCACAGCUCUGUAGGCAGGACAAAACUACUGACUCUCACCAUGUUUUCAAAGGUGACUGUGUGAAUAUGUACAUUGCAAAGGAAGAGGGCACCCCACUGGAAAGAAAGUAUUUUCAUACCAGGGCUAGAAACAAAAGUAGGCCUAUAUUUUUAUAUUUGGAAUGGGAUGGGGGUAAAACAGCUCUGGCUUCAAAUUAUGCUUUGGGCCCAUAUUGUUUCUACAUGAUGAUAACAAGUGAUACAUAGCUGCCAUAGAUAUUCUCAUGUUAAUGCAUCAGGCUCAUUGAAGAUGUCUGUCAUGGAAUACUAUUUUGAAUCCACACUCCCAACAGGACUAAAGCAGUUUCAUGUUGAAUCGAAGUAAAGAUUUUGUGAAGUGAUCUGGACAGUUUUCUUAGGUGUUGCGUUAGUUCAAACUUCAGUCGUUUUAACGCUUUCAUUUCAUUUUCCACCCUGCGACUUCGCUAAACUCUCAGUUCUAUGACCAGCUUCUGCUUCCUUACUGCUCGCAAGGAAAGCGAAGGAAAAGCACAAUCAUGAAGCGUCAUCUGACUUUCUCUGGACCGAUGUGGGUUGAUUUUGAGCUAGACUGAGAAAUCAGCCAUGAUGAUGAUAUGUGCUGAUGCUAGCUGAUCACAGAUAUAUCACUACUGGUGCAUAUGUCAGCCAAUUAGAAAAAAAAGGAAUUUCAGUACAGAAAAGCCAAAUAAUAUGUUGAUAUAUUUAACCCUUAAAACCCGAAACACUUCAGAUCGUACAUAUUUCUCUAUGGCACAUUCAUUCUAAAUAAUCAGCAACCCAAGUUUACGACAGUCUUUAGGUAUUAAGAGUUCAACACUCAAAAACUGGGCUUCAUUGGCUCUGACCAAUUAACCAGUAAGAGUUGAUGUUCCAGCUGAGGCUUCACCCACUUUGAACCAGUGAAAAAAAUAUUGGCAAAGUUUACAUAGAGUAGUGAGUUAAAUAUGAUCCCAUUAUCAACAGUUUUCAGAUCUUCUAAAUGUCCAUCUAAGUAUUGCCCUUGAAAAAAUUUUUUGGGCUCCGUAGUUUGUAAUUGGUUUACAUGUCUUUGUUUGACGACUGAAAUUAGCAUUGAGGAGAAUUUUUUUUUUAAGCUUUGUUUUGAAUUUGAAACAUACUUAUUUUUUUACAGAAUCACCUAUUUCAGCUUCAAAUAUUCAUAGUUCAGUGCAGAUACAGAAGCUGAAAGCUGUAAACGCAUUAAUCAGUCAUACUGAAAGGCUUAGGUACAGUAAGUAAGUAUUCAUUUUCUUUCUUUUUCCGCAAGCCAAGCUGAGUGCUGACCAUUGUGCCAUUGAAAUGGAAAUGGUGUUAUUGAAUCGGCUGUAAUUUCACAGCAGGAGCAGGAGAAGAUACUAAAAUCACGGUGAAGAAAAGUAUGUGAGUGUGUUGAUGUUAUCCAAGUGGAAUAUGCGCUUGAUUCAUAUUCUUUUCCUCUUUGGAAAAUCUGCCUUUUUUGGCAUAAAAUGUGAGUAAUAAACUCUGCCCUUUUCUUUGGCCAUCUUUGCUCCCCCCCCCACCGUUUUAUACAGCUUUAGGUCCUGACAUGAGAUUGUGGACUGGCUUUUUUUUGUCUCUUGUCAGUAGUAAAGACCAAAACAACCCGCAAUGAAUGGAUUCAACAGUAAAGUAUUGUUUGGCUAUACAAAGCCUGAUAGAAUGCUGUCAAACAUUAGCUCGCUAGCAUCCCAAGUGUGUAUUAAUCUGCAGCUGAAAAUAGUCAUUUCCUCCCGUUUGAGCACCCAGCUAUUUUAACAAAUUACUGAAGCCUUGUUUUUUUUUUUUUUUAGAAAAAUGCUUUUUUAAAACAACAAAACAAAACAUCAGCAUGUAUUCAUGACACGUUCUUCUACAACUUCCAUGGGAACUACAGGUAGACAAGGGAGGUUAGGAAGAUAGGAAAGCGGAAGCGGACUAACUUUUAUUGUUUUCCAUGGGAUGUGUUGACAAUGAGGAAAAAUAUUAAGUAUUUCAAGCCUUAAAGCCUUAUCUUUUAAUGAGAACCCUUUCAUCUCAGUGCUUUUCAGCUCGAAUUUUGUUACACGACCCGAAGCCCGAGUGGUUCAUGAUUUAAGAGUACGUGGAAAACAUUUGUUAUCGUCCUUUCAAUUUGGGUCAUUUCCGGUACAUAUAUUUGUCAGGCUAUUAACCCGUGGUUAACAUGUCGUGAUUGGAGUUGGAUUAGUAUUAGUCAGUUGGAUCAAAACAGAAUGUUGUACAAAGACAACACUAAUUACCUGCCUCUGAACGAGUCAGCGAUGACUUACGACUUGAAUGUGACCUUUUGUUUGUUCCUAUAGAUGGCUUGUAGAUUUCUGUUUUUCUUUUUUGUUUUUUUUUCCCAGAUUUCAUUCGUGGAGUUGUUCUGCAUGUGCAGCUUUGUUUCAGAAUGGUGUGUUUUGGUGUAAAUGUCUCAAAAAAAAAAAAAAUUGACAGUUUGAUAUUUGGGGAAUAUUUUUUUAAGGGGAGGCUUGCUUACUUUAUGUCACCACAUGUAAAUAAUUUUGUAAGAUAUAAUUGGAAAAAGAGACUUUUACUCACUUGUGAAAUGUACAGUAUUUUAUGUCAUGGAAAAUUUUAUAGGUUUCAUACUAAAAAAAAUAAAUAAAAAAAAAAUAGGAAAACAAUUUUUGGUUUACAAGGAAGCAUUUUUUGAAGCAUUGGGUAUAAUGAUGGUAUGCUGUAGAGCUGACGUCAGUCUUGUUACCAAGCUAUUUUGUUGUUCUUUUACUUUGUUGUUGCACAUGACAACGUAUGGAUGGAGAUGUAUUAAAAGUGAAAAUACUUUUUAAUUCUAAA